AUGGAUAAUUCGGUGGACGAGUGGAGCGCCGAAGAUGUGGGCCUUUGGCUCCAGAAGAAUGGCUUCGAGACAUAUGUGCGUCAGUUUCGCGACGAACACAAAAUCGAUGGCAAGUGUUUGCUUACGUUAACGGAAGACGACCUCCGGAGUCCUCCC